AUGACUGAUGUCGGCGGCGGCGAUGACAAUAAAGCCAAAAAGGCGAAAAUUUCUUCGGAUAGUGAAACGGAAAGUGACAACGAUGAUAGUGGCCGUUCCUCACUAUGGUGGUCCAUACCGGAACCUGUACUCAUCAAUGUGCUACGCCUGCUUGAACCUCAAGAUAUAUUAAAUGCCUCGGCCACUUGUCGUCGUUGGUACGAAGUGGCCAAUGAUAAUAUUUUGUGGAAACAUAAAUUUCAACAGCAUUUUCGUACCGAUCCCUCAAUACCUUUAAAACCGGGUGCCGCCUCCUGGAAAGAUGAAUAUGCCCGUCUCACCUCACGCAUACCAUUUGUACAGGCAGAACGUCUGUAUGGUCACACGCAUCAGGUGCUGCAUGUUAGCUUCUCCCAUAAUGGGGAGAUGUUUGCAACCUGUUCCAAGGAUGGUUAUGUUAUUAUCUGGAACUCCAACCACCCUUGUACCGAACGCUACUUUCACAAUAUGAAACACUUCAGUUGGAAAUAUACGCAAUACUCACAGUUCAAUCAAAGUGAUACCCUGCUCUUGGUCUCGGGUGUACACUUUGGGGCACCACACAGCACCUCCGGUGAAAUUGUGGUCUUUACAAUUGGAGAAAAUGGUUCCCAUAUGAAAUGUCGGGUGCGUAAUCGCCCCUAUGACAUCUUUGGUACAUGGUUUAGUGAUCAAUAUUUAAUAUCGGGUGAUCUCCACUGGUUGGCCCAUUUAAUUAGCACCUCCGUAUUGUGGUUAAAUAAAGCCAAUCAGGAAGUUGAUUCGGAACAUGUACCCGUUAUGAAUCAAUUGUAUAAAUUCUAUAAUCGUAAUGCCACAUCGGUGAGGGCGAUUAUGAUGGCGCGAUGUCCAUGGUUGGAUGACUCCAAUGAUCCAUUGGCAGAGGAUAGUGCGGCGAAGGAAGAAGAUGUGAGUAAGGAAAAUAAAUAUCAACCUUUAUAUAUGGCCCAGGGUCCAUCAACAUCAAACACAGUUGGCAAUCCAUUAUCCCACUUAGCUUCGGUGCGACCUUCUGUGGAUACUUUUGAAAAUACUGAUGCAGAUCCCGAUUUAGAUGAUUCGAUGCCAUCAACCUCAAGAAGACGAAGACGUACCCACACAUCUGAUGAUAUUUCAAUUUAUUUUGCCGAUGAAUAUCGUCGUUUGUUUAAUGGCGAAACAGAUCCUGCCACAAUUGAUGAUGAUGACGACGACGAUGAUGAUGAAGACGAAUCGGUGGCGGCUGCUGCUGCGGUGGAAGAAGAACACGAUGAAAUGGAAAAUUCAAUACCGAAAUAUUUAAUAUUUUCAACGGGUUCGAAAACCUAUACGCCGCAUCAAAUUGGUAUUAAACGUAUUCGCCAUGUGACAUUUCCCAAGAAAUUAGAUUUGGGUCCAUCGCUUAAGGAGAGAGUGGCAGCUAAAAAGGAAAAGAACCAAGUACGUGAACCCGAUCCCGAUUGGAAUAAUUAUGAUUCGGUAGCCGAUCGUUUUGACAAGGUGGAUAAAGUGAUUGAUUUACAUGGUCAUAUUAUUGGCAUGGCCUUAAGUCCCGAUCACAGAUACCUCUAUGUCAAUACCCGACCAUGGCCGGAAAAUUAUGUAAUCUCAAAUCCGUUGGAACCCCCGCCCAUAGCUCAGGAAAUUGACAUACAUGUUAUUGAUCUCAUGACACUGAAACGUGUUGGCAAUAUGCUGAGGGCCCACAAAGCCUACACGCCCAGCAAUGAGUGUUUCUUUAUAUUUUUAGAUGUGUGCGAUGAUUAUGUGGCAAGUGGUGCCGAGGACAUGCAUGCCUAUUUAUGGGAUCGCUACUAUGGAAUCUCCUUGGCUAAGUACAAACACACCGAUGUGGUCAACAGUGUAGCCUUUAAUCCAAAAGAUUCUCAAAUGUUGGUAACAACAAGUGAUGACUAUUCAAUUAAGAUAUGGCGUUCUCGUGCUGCUGCCAAAAAACUCAAUAUCGACAUGUCUGAUAAUAGUGAGGCUUUUGAUUUAAAAUUAAAUAAGGAUGUGAACUAG